AUGACGACGACGACGACACCACCACCGCCCCCGCAAUGGGUCGUCGACCUCAACGCAACGCCCGCCUCCAGACCCAAGACGGCCGCCCUCGCCGACCCGCCCGGCUACACGGCCGCCAUGACGCGCAAGGAGCGCGCCCUCUCGUCCAAGAAGACCCGCGUGCCCCCCACCCCCGAGGAAAUGGACACGCUCAAGAUGAAAAAGGCCUGGGAGGUCGCCAUCGCCCCCGCCAAGCAGCUGCCCAUGAACGCCUUCGGCAUGUACAUGACCGGCAACUCGCUCCAGAUCUUCUCCAUCUUCAUGGUCUUCACCCUCUUCAAGACGCCCGUCAUGGCUGCACUCGGCAUUCAACGCACCUUUGCUCCCUUUGAGACCCCCGGCACCUCGGGCCGCCUGCUGGGCGUCAAGGUCGUCUACAUCCUCACCAACCUGCUCAUGCUGGCCCUCGGCAUCUGGAAAGUCAACGCCAUGGGCCUGCUACCCACCACCCGCUCCGACUGGCUGGCCUGGGAGGCCGAGAGGACCUGGUCAGAGAGAGCCGUGCCGCGCGAAUGGUUGUGA